AUGUCCUUGUGGGUUGAUAAAUACAGACCUAAAAGUUUGGAGCAAUUGUCGUAUCAUGAAUCAAUCACACAAAAUCUAGCUGCUUUGGCAAGUACAGGAGAUUUUCCACAUUUACUAGUUUAUGGACCUCCAGGUAGUGGUAAGAAGACAAGAAUUUACUGUACUUUACAUGAAUUAUUUGGACCGCAAGUAGAGAAAUUGAAAAUUGAUGUGAAAGUGUUUACUACUUCUUCAAAUAGAAAAUUAGAAUUCAAUGUUUUAAGUUCACCUUAUCAUUUAGAGAUCACACCUUCUGACAUGGGAAACAAUGACAGAGUUGUAAUUCAAGAUUUAUUGAAAGAUGUUGCAUCAACAGAACAAGUGGAUUUCAGUAACCAAUCUAAGUCUGCUUCAAAGCAUAGGUUUAAAGUUGUUAUAAUAAAUGAAGCAGAUUCGUUAAGUAGAGAUGCACAGGCAGCUUUGAGAAGAACGAUGGAAAAAUACUCCGCCAAUAUCAGAAUAAUUAUGAUAUGUAAUACAACAUCUAACAUCAUAUCGCCAAUUAAAUCAAGAACAUUGUUAGUAAGAAUACCUGCACCAUCUCAUAAAGAAAUCAGCAAUAUUCUAUCGAACAUAGCCGAUAAGGAGUCAGUUAAAUUUAAUCCUUCUAAUGAAUCAAAGAAGCAAGAAUUCUUCGACAAGGUAUCUAAAAACUCAGACUCUAAUUUGAGAAAAGCUUUAUUAUGCUUUGAAACUAUUCUGAUGCAAAGUGAACUGAUCGCGAUUAAUAAUACAGACCUGGCGAUGAUUGCAUUGGAUUGGGAAGUAAUUAUUCAAAAUUUGGCUAAAUCUAUUAUAUCAAAUAGAACAGUCGCUAAUCUCGCUAAAGUAAGAGUAGUAUUUUAUGAAUUGUUAUCCCAUUGUAUUCCUCCUAGAAUUAUUUUGAAGAAGCUAUUAUUUAACUUGAUUGAAGUAUCUAACAGCAACGAAUCUAUAACUCAGAGCCUAGUUGAAAUCGGUGCAGUAUUUGAUGAACGGUUGAGCUUAGGACAGAAGAGUAUAUUUCAUUUGGAGGGUUUUGUUGCUAAAUCUAUGGUUGCAUUGGAAAAGCAAUAG